GUGGCCAGCCCAGCGGUUCAGGCGCACAAGUUUCAAGCGGUACCCGGCGGUGGGUUUUGUGCGGUGAGCGAGCGGCAGCGACGGCUCUGCCUCGAUAUUUCUGUCGUGAAAGGGGGGCCUUCGACCCGACGAGCUUUUCCUCUCGGUGUAAAGUUAACUUACAAAAAUUAAACGAAGAUGAACGACCACGGGAUGAACAACAUAGAGAAUCAUUACAGUGAUGGAUACAUGGAGCCGGAGGAGGAGUGGGAACGCGAAGGACUACUCGACCCGGCGUGGGAGAAACAGCAGAAAAAGACUUUCACGGCAUGGUGCAACUCACAUCUGCGCAAGGCGGGCACCGCCAUCGAAAACAUCGAGGAGGACUUCCGCAACGGCCUCAAGCUGAUGCUGCUGCUGGAAGUCAUCUCCGGCGAGACCCUCCCCAAGCCCGACCGGGGCAAGAUGAGGUUCCACAAGAUCGCCAACGUCAACAAGGCCCUGGACUUCAUCGCCAGCAAGGGCGUCAAGCUCGUUUCCAUUGGUGCCGAAGAAAUUGUGGAUGGCAACCUGAAGAUGACCCUGGGUAUGAUCUGGACCAUCAUUCUGCGAUUCGCCAUCCAGGACAUUUCCGUUGAAGAAAUGACCGCCAAGGAGGGUCUGCUUCUGUGGUGCCAGCGGAAGACCGCCCCCUACCGAAAUGUCAAUGUGCAAAACUUCCAUCUCAGCUUCAAGGAUGGUCUGGCCUUCUGCGCCCUCAUUCAUCGCCACCGACCAGACCUCAUCGACUACAGCAAGUUGUCCAAGGACAACCCGCUGGAGAAUCUCAACACUGCCUUUGAUGUUGCUGAGAAGUACCUUGACAUCCCACGCAUGUUGGAUCCUGAGGACCUUAUCAACACUCCUAAGCCAGAUGAGCGUGCUAUCAUGACCUAUGUGUCAUGCUACUACCACGCCUUCCAGGGCGCUCAACAGGUACAAGGCCACACUGCGAUGCCUGACGAGCGUGCCAUUAUGACUUAUGUGUCUUCAUAUUACCAUUGCUUCUCCGGUGCGCAGAAGGCGGAGACUGCUGCCAACAGGAUUUGCAAGGUACUCAAGGUGAAUCAAGAAAACGAACGUCUCAUGGAAGAAUACGAGCGCUUGGCUAGUGAUUUGUUGGAGUGGAUCCGACGAACAAUGCCCUGGCUUCAGAGCCGUCAGUCCGACAAUUCUUUGGCUGGAGUUCAGCGUAAAUUGGAGGAGUACCGCACCUACCGCCGCAAGCACAAGCCCCCACGUGUGGAACAGAAGGCCAAACUUGAAACCAACUUCAAUACCCUGCAGACCAAGCUACGUCUGUCCAACCGUCCCGCCUAUAUGCCUACGGAAGGAAAGAUGGUUUCAGACAUUGCCAAUGCAUGGAAGGGCCUGGAAACAUCUGAGAAGGCGUUUGAAGAGUGGCUUCUCUCUGAAAUGAUGAGGUUAGAGCGUUUGGAGCACUUGGCUCAGAAGUUCAAACACAAGGCUGACAUUCAUGAAGAAUGGACUCGUGGUAAAGAGGAGAUGCUUCAAAGCCAGGACUUCCGCCAAUGCAAACUCAAUGAACUCAAGGCCCUGAAGAAGAAGCACGAGGCCUUCGAAAGUGAUCUUGCCGCUCACCAAGAUCGUGUUGAACAGAUUGCGGCUAUUGCCCAAGAGCUGAACACCCUUGAAUACCAUGACUCUGUGUCUGUGAACACUCGCUGCCAGAGGAUUUGUGACCAGUGGGACCGCCUUGGUGGUCUUACCCAACGCCGCCGCCAGGCUCUGGAUGAGGCUGAGCGCAUCCUGGAGAAGAUCGACAUCCUUCACCUGGAGUUUGCCAAGAGGGCUGCUCCUUUCAACAACUGGCUCGAUGGUACCCGGGAGGACCUUGUGGACAUGUUCAUUGUCCACACCAUGGAAGAGAUUCAAGGCCUGCUGGAUGCUCACAGUCAGUUCAAGGCUACUCUUGGAGAAGCCGACAAGGAGUACAAUUCGAUUGUCAAUUUGGUGCGUGAAGUGGAGCAGACUGUCCAGAAAUACCAGGUGCCCGGCGGUCUUGAGAACCCCUACACCACCCUCACUGCUCAUGACUUGACAAAGAAGUGGUCUGAGGUGCGGCAACUUGUGCCCCAGCGUGAUGCCACUCUGCAGGCUGAGCUCCGUAAACAGCAGAACAACGAAAUGCUGCGUCGCCAGUUUGCUGAGAAGGCCAACCAGGUUGGUCCCUGGAUUGAGAGGCAGAUGGAUGCGGUCACAGCCAUCGGUAUGGGCAUGCAAGGAUCUUUGGAGGACCAACUGCACCGACUUAAGGAGUAUGAGCAGGGAGUUUAUGCCUACAAGCCCCACAUUGAGGAGCUUGAGAAGAUUCACCAGGCUGUGCAAGAGGGCAUGAUCUUUGAAAACCGGUACACUGCUUACACAAUGGAAACACUUCGUGUUGGUUGGGAGCAGCUUCUGACUUCCAUCAACCGCAACAUCAAUGAAGUUGAAAACCAGAUUUUGACUCGGGAUUCUAAGGGCAUUACUCAGGAACAGCUCACUGAAUUCCGGUCAAGCUUUAACCACUUUGACAAGAAUCGCACUGGACGUCUGGCUCCUGAUGAAUUCAAGUCCUGCCUAGUUAGCCUUGGUUACAGUAUUGGCAAAGACAGACAGGGUGAGAUUGAUUUCCAGCGAAUCCUCGCCAUUGUGGAUCCCAAUAACACUGGCUACACUCACUUCGACGCUUUCUUGGACUUCAUGACCCGUGAAUCUACCGACACUGACACAGCAGAACAAGUUAUUGACUCCUUCCGCAUCCUUGCUGGAGACAAGCCUUAUAUUCUUCCCGAUGAACUGCGCCGUGAGCUUCCCCCAGACCAGGCUGAAUACUGCAUCCAGCGUAUGCCACCCUUCAAGGGACCCAAUGCCGUUCCCGGUGCCUUGGACUACAUGUCAUUCUCUACUGCAUUGUAUGGAGAGUCAGAUUUGUAAACAAAUUUCCAUCCAUAUUUUGGAUGUAUCUAACUCCUUUCAGCAGUAUUGGCAACAGCCAUCUUAUGUGCCAUACUAUGACCCAACUAUGCCUUUGAUAUCAGUUUUUGUCCUGCUAAAUCAUGUUAAUUGAAAAUAAUACAGUCAAAAGUAGUUGGUUUGGAAGGUUAUAGUGGUUGGGUAAUCUUGACAUGAAUGAACUACAAGGGACAAUUACUUUCUCUAAAUUUUAAAAUGUUUUGAAAAAUAUUCUAGAAUUUGUCCUUAUUACUUUGUACUUUCCUAUUUGAAGGUAACUCAACUCAGACUGCAUUCAUUUGCAUUUUAUAUACAAUCUCAUUAUGCAAUACAUUGUGCAGCUAAGUCUGAUAACUGCAUAUGUGCUCAUUUUUGCAUAACCAACUACUUGCCCAUAAGUAGAACACAACAUGUAGCUUUUGGCUAUGAACUAUGAAUAUGCAAAAGACUCAACAGUUACCACUGUUAAGAUUUUGCUGUGUAAAUUCGGCUCUUAUAAAAUUUUUAUAUUUGUAUAUUUUUGGGGGUGAUUUUAAUGACAAGGCCUCUUUAGUAGGUGAUUUGACCACAAUCUUGUUAUAAUUUUCUUCCAGGGAAGAAUGAAAUGUGUCCAUAUUUGUAUAGUUCCUUGUAUUCAAGUAUUUAAAUAUUCUGAAUGUCAUAUCGAUUAAGGGCUUUCUUUUAUUAUGCUUUUUCAGGAAAAAGAAGUCUUAACCAUUGAAUCUCAGCUAAUCAUAAUCUCCUUUCGAUUCCUUGCCUGCAUUGUUAUUUUAAUAAUGUCAAAUUUUAAAGAUGUCAGAACUUAUGUCUAACAUAUGUCCUGUAAAAUUCAAUUGGAACAUUGUAUUCUUGUUAGAGAUUGAUCUAUCCAAAAAUUUCGUUUGAAUUUGCAGUCAGUUUCAAAUGUGAUUUUUUUGGGGGGGAAAUGACGGCAGCUCAGUCUGUAUGGUUUAAUCUAUUUAAUCGAACUGUUUUCGUUCAUUGCAGCUGAUAGAACAUUGCUCAUCUUGCCAGCUGGAAAAUAAGAAAUGACAGUUUGAAGUACAAGAGUUAACUUUCUCUGCUUGCAGGACAAGCAUCUUUUAAACUUAAUCAGGUUACACCCUGUCCAUAGACUCGCAUAAAUUUUUAACUGAGCUCAAGUUUUAACUUCAUGAAUUGAAGUUGUUCUUUUUUUUUUGUUUUUUUUUGUAUCUACAGCAAAAGAGACAAGAAGUAACUUGUACUUAGCAUUUUGACAAAUGAAGAAAGUACUCAUGAGAAGGUGUGGGUUGAACAGAAUUUUUUUCUUUUCCAUUGUAUGUAGUUUCAUUUUUUUUUCUGUCUAGUCAUUCAUUUUUAAUUUUGUUUUGGCUGUUGUGUACAAUGCUUAAAAAUAAAAAAAAAUCGAAAAACA